GGGACAGUUCCUGAAGAGAGAAACGGUUCUCUGAACUACUACAGAUAUUAAAGUUCACGAUGUCUACCUCCUCCUACAGAAAGCGUUUUGGAGACGUGAGCCGGAGCAGCGCGUUCUCCAGCCGUCAGACCUCCAGUUCCGUGCGCUCGCGGGUGUCCUUCGGCGUCUCCUCGGCUCCGGUCAUUUACGCGUCCAAGAGCUCCAGAGUCCGAAGUAGCGUGGGGAUGCCACGACUGACCUCGGAGACUGUGGACUUUAGUCUCUCGGACGCCUUAAACACGGAAUUCAAGGCGAAUCGGCUCAGUGAAAAGGCGCAGAUGCAGUCACUGAACGACCGCUUCGCCAGUUACAUCGAGAAGGUGCGUUUCCUGGAGCAGCAGAACAAGAUCCUGAGCGCGGAGCUGGAGCAGCUGAGGGGCCAGAGAUCGUCCAGCAUCGCGGAUCUGUAUGAGGAGGAGAUGCGCGACCUGAGGCGACAGGUGGACCAGCUCAUCACGGAGAAAACACGCGUGGAAGUCACGCGAGACAACCUGGCAGAAGACAUGGAGCGUCUCAGAGAGAAACUGCAGGAUGAGAUUCUUCAGCGAGAAGAUGCAGAGAACAGCAUGAGAAGUUUCAGACAGGACGUGGAUAACGCUGCUCUUGCUCGAGUGGAUCUGGAGAGGAAGGUGGAGUCUCUCCAGGACGAACUCGCCUUCCUGAAAAAGCUCCAUGAUGAGGAGCUGGUUGAGCUGCAGGCACAGAUCCAGGGCCAGCAGGUGCAGGUGGAUAUGGACAUGGCUAAACCUGAUCUGACAGCUGCUCUGAGAGACGUCAGGCUGCAGUAUGAGAACCUGGCAACCAAAAACAUCCAGGAGUCAGAGGGCUGGUACAAAUCCAAGUUUGCUGACCUGACAGAAGCGGCUAACAGGAAUAAUGAAGCUCUGCGAUUGGCCAAGCAGGAGGCCAGUGAAUACCGCCGUCAGGUGCAGGCGCUCACCUGCGAGGUGGACGCCCUCAAGGGAACAAAUGAAUCUCUGGAGCGUCAAAUGAGAGAGAUGGAGGAGAACUUUGCAAUGGAGUCAUCUAGUUCCCAGGAUAACAUCGCUCGGCUGGAGGAGGACUUACGGAGCAUGAAGGACGAGAUGGGAAGACACCUGCACGAGUAUCAGGACUUGCUCAAUGUCAAGAUGGCCCUGGACAUUGAGAUCGCCACCUACAGGAAACUUCUAGAAGGGGAGGAGAGCAGAAUUGCUCCCCCUCUUCCAAACUUCUCCUCCUUCAGUCUGAGAGAUAUGAUGCUCGAGUCCAAGCCUGUUACUGAAAAUACAUUUACUAAGAAAGUUCUUAUUAAGACCAUUGAGACCAGAGAUGGCCAGGUGAUCAAUGAGUCCACUCAGAACCACGAUGACCUGGAGUGAUGGAGAGAAAUCUCUUACCAUUAUCACCCACCAACUGGAGCACAUUUUUU